ACAGGCGGAGAACUAAAGUGAGCUUCUAGUGAGUCAGUCACACCACCACCGCGGCGCCAGGGACAGGUAUUCACCAGAACUUCAUCCAAACUUCAGACAUUCAGGCUCCUUCCACAAUCCACUUUCCAACUACAACUUCAGCAACAUCCAGCAGAUGCAAUGAAAGCGAGAUAACCCUCAUCCUCCGGAAAAUGAAGAGUCCUGCAGGCGACAAGCAGAACCUUAUACUGGGACAAGACUGAGAGUGACCCAAAACUAUAGUGCUACAACUGAUAAUUCAACACAUUUUAUUAUGGCGGCACCGAGCUAUGUGUGGAGUGGAAUACAACGGGCGGUGGUGACCUUUGGAAUGGCCUUCAUACUCAUCGGUGUGGUUCUGCUGACCGUAUCUGAGAACGUCUUCAUCAUAGGGAUUUGUUUCCUGUCCGCCGGCAGCCUGGCUGUACUCUGUUAUUUGUUCGUGAUAUUAUCAACCUGCGUCAAAAAAUCAAGAGCGGAGAACGAAGAGAAUCCUACAGAAGGCGAAACCAGAACCACAGGGCAGAAUCAGACUGAGGCCAACAGCUCUCAGUUUGAUGCUCCACGUUACGAGGAUGCAAUACUCUAUGGUUCUGCAACAGUAUGGACAGUGACUCUCGGUUCACCCCCAGAUAUUGAACCCCCUCCUUACCACAGUGCCUUGGAACGAAGAGUAGCUGUAACAGACCUGAGACUUCCCAACCCCACCUUACUCCGCAUCAGCUCUGACAUUCAUGAAGUAAAGAGAUCUGAAUUUAUGCCAGAAGCAAGCUUACCAGAGCCUUUAACACCUCCCCCAACUUAUAACGAGUCCAUGCCUCAAUGGGAAGAAGUCUUCUUUCCAUCCCAAGAGGAAGGUUGAUGGAAGACUCUACAAGACCCCGUUAUAUCAUGACAAUGUAACUAGCCAAUUGUUCUUAAUGAAUCAUCUAAACUCUCAAAACAUUUCAUGAUGGUUCAUAUGGAUAAAGGGCACCCAACCUCUCCAUGUAAAGACCGUCCAGCACAUUGAUUAGCUCUUAAUUAGCCUAUUAUCCAUAGCUAUUAAUGGACCAGUUUGAACUGGGUAUUGGGAAAUGAAGGAUGAUGCGUUGGUUACACAGAGUCAACUGGUUGAGAUUAUAGACUUAAAUCUCAAUAAAGCUAUUGCUUAGGUCUUGAAGGCCUCGACGCAGAAGAAGUUGAUUGGACAUUGUACGAAGUACCUUUUCUAUUUAUUAAUGCAAUAAUGUGUUAUUUAUAAAACCAUUUCAGGAUAUAUUAUACAGUAUGAUGGUAUCAUAAAACUAAACUAUGAAAGAAGUUGUCUGGGCUGCAGACAUUGAUAACCUAUCCCUGCACUCCCAUGAUCAGUUGUUUUGGACAACUGCUGGUGACAGAAACUAUAAUAUACUAUACUGUAUAGCUUUAGCAGCUGCUCAAAACAGCUGGUGCAGGUGCCGGGUGUUCGAUUCCCAUGGAUCUGACAAGGAUGACCUACCCUGAGGACAGGUCAUUAUUAUCUGUAGCCUGCACAGAUAUUUGAAUUCUGUAAAACAUUUUCUGCUGUUGACUUUUGAACAAAGGUGAAGAAUUCUACAUGUUGGUCAUGCAAAGUCCUACCUCUAUUACUACACAUAAAAGGGUGGCACAGUGACUCAUGGGUUGGCAAUGCUGUCUACAAGCCCUGGACCUGAGGGUUGUAAUCUUCAGAGGGCAACCGUUUACCUAUUGUUUCCAUGGAUUUCUUCUUGCACUUUUUGGGUUAUUUUGGUUUCUUGUUGGAAUUUGCCUUACUCCAAACUCCUGUACUAGGGUAGAUUUUGAGCUUUCUUGGGUGUGCUGGGACUGAGCACUGAAAAAGAACAUUUUUAAUACUGUGGCAUUAAAGUACUACUCUUAAGUUGUCCAUAUACAUAUAUAAGAUAACAUUUCCCAAAAUGGGCAAAUUGGGCAAUUUCGACCUACUGUUGUUUCAAAUCUUUAUGUGAAGGACUAGCCGCAAUGACCAACAGCAGACUGCCGAAAAUGUGAUCUGUCAGGUUGGAAAAUUUUAGCUGUAUUUUUAAUGUUUUCCAAUUGGUAGUAUUAUUGUCCAGUUUUUCUAUCAUGUUGCUGGUGGAAUAAUUCACAUAAGCAAUCUCACAAAUGAUUCAUUCCACACAAUAUACGUAGCUGUCUUAAGGAUGGAUUAUCAACAUUUGUUCCGUAGAGUUUUAACGUCCAUCACUACUGCUGAUCACCUGAAUGAAUAAAAAAUACCAAAUUUACCAAAGAUUUCUCUUCUUUUAAAACAGAUAGUGAUACCUCCUAAAAUAGUUAUUACUUUGCA